AUGCCAAACUACUGUAGCACACAUGAGCCUCAGGAGCUGUACGACAUCAGGAAGACUCCAUUCGCAUUCACAGCAGGCAUGGAAGGCAUGACAUACUAUGAGGUGCUGGACACGGAUCCAAAGCAGCGCGGGCUGUGGAAUAUCACGCUACAAAACAUGGCCAAAAAUUUUCCAGUCCUCGGCAUGUUUCCUUUCCACGACCUCAAAGCCCUCGAGGGACAAGGGUCGCAAGAGCGGCCAUAUAUUGUGGACGUCGGUGGUGGCAGAGGCCAAGCCCUUCUGGCGAUUCAAGAGGAUUGCAAAGGGGCUUUCAGCGGAAAGGCUGUGUUGCAAGAUACUCCCGCUGUCAUAGACACCCUGCAAUCCAGCGAUAUCCCUGGCGCCCAUGUUUACCUCAUGCGCCGCCUCCUGCACGACUUUCAUGAUUCUGAGGCGAUCGAGAUAUUGCGAAACACUGCUUCGGCCAUGGCGCCAGAUUCCCGGCUGCUUAUAUGCGACAUGCUAGUCCCGGACAAUGUGGAAGUUUACGGGCCGAUGACGCUGUAUUGGCUAGACUUCUCUCUUCUCGCCAUCGGGGGUAAGGAGAGAUCCCUUCUUGAGUUUGAACGCAUUUGCGCCCAGGCUGGUCUGGAAAUUGUCAAGGUGUAUCCAUCUCGUGGUGACAAUACUAUUAUGCUAGAGACGAGAUUACAACGUCAGUAG